AUGGCGUCGUUCAGCCGCAGACCGGUGAAUUCGUCCUCCCGCACCCGCGCCUCUGUUUCCCCGGAGCGUGAAGCCGGCACAGCGGACACACCUUGCCGGGGCGGCGCGUUGGUGGAGGGCGGGCGAACCCUGAGCGCGCAGGCUGCCCCCACGCCGGCGAAGGAGCUGGGGGCAGGCGAGGGGGCGACGGCGAGCGCCCGGAGGCGGUGCUGGCGCUGCGGGCAGGGGACCCCGGCCGGGGCCGCGGCGCGGGGGGACACGUUCUCGGCGGUGACCAGCGUGGCGCGCGCCCUGGCGCCCGAGCGCCGGCUGCUGGGGCUGCUGCGGCGCUACCUGCGCGGGGAGGAGGCGCGGCUGCGCGACCUGACCAGAUUCUAUGACAAGGUGCUUUCUUUGCACGAGGAUUCGGCAACCCCUGUGUCUAACCCUCUGCUUGCAUAUACUCUCAUCAAACGUCUACAGUCUGACUGGAGGAAUGUGGUACAUAGUCUGGAGGCCAGUGAGAACAUCCGAGCUCUGAAGGACGGUUAUGAGAAGGUGGAGCAGGAGCUGCCAGCCUUUGAGGACCUUGAGGGAGCAGCAAGGGCCCUGAUGCGGCUGCAGGAUGUAUACAUGCUCAACGUGAAGGGCCUGGCCCGGGGCGUCUUCCAGAGAGUCGCUGGCUCCGCCGUCACUGACCUGUACAGUCCCAGACGGCUCUUCUCCCUCACAGCAGAUGACUGCUUCCAAGUUGGCAAGGUGGCCUAUGACAUGGGGGAUUACUACCAUGCCAUUCCAUGGCUGGAGGAGGCUGUCAGUCUCUUCCGAGGAUCUUACGGAGAAUGGAAGACAGAAGAUGAGGCAAGUCUAGAAGAUGCCUUGGAUCACUUGGCCUUUGCCUAUUUCCAGGCCGGCAAUGUUUCGUGUGCCCUCAGCCUCUCCCGAGAGUUUCUUCUCUACAGCCCAGAUAAUAAGAGGAUGGCCAGGAAUGUGUUGAAAUAUGAAAAGCUUUUGGCAGAGAGCCCCAACCAGGUGGUAGCUGAGGCUGUCAUCCAGAGGCCCAAUGUACCGCACCUGCAGACCAGAGACACCUACGAGGGGUUAUGUCAGACCCUGGGAUCCCAGCCUACUCACUACCAGAUCCCUAGCCUCUACUGCUCCUAUGAGACAAAUUCCAGCCCCUACUUGCUGCUCCAGCCUGUCCGGAAGGAGGUCAUCCACCUGGAGCCCUACGUUGUUCUCUACCAUGACUUUGUCAGUGACGGGGAGGCUCAGAAAAUCAGAGGGCUUGCCGAACCGUGGCUACAGAGAUCUGUGGUGGCAUCAGGGGAGAAGCAGUUACCAGUGGAGUAUCGCAUCAGCAAAAGUGCCUGGCUGAAGGACACCGUCGAUCCCCUGCUGGUGACCCUUGACCAUCGCAUUGGUGCCCUCACCGGUCUUGAUGUCCAGCCUCCCUACGCAGAGUAUCUCCAGGUGGUGAAUUAUGGAAUUGGCGGUCACUAUGAGCCUCACUUUGACCAUGCUACGUCACCAACCAGCCCACUGUACAGGAUGAAGUCUGGGAACCGAGUUGCAACAUUUAUGAUCUAUCUGAGCUCCGUGGAAGCUGGAGGAGCCACUGCCUUCAUCUAUGCCAACUUUAGCGUGCCUGUGGUCAAGAAUGCGGCACUGUUUUGGUGGAAUCUGCAUAGGAGUGGUGAAGGGGAUGGUGAUACACUUCAUGCGGGCUGUCCUGUCCUGGUGGGAGAUAAGUGGGUGGCCAACAAGUGGAUACAUGAGUAUGGACAGGAAUUCCGCAGACCCUGCACCUCAAGCCCUAAAGACUAAAAUGUUGGCAUGUUGGCCGAGAGAAGCUGGUGGAGUCCUGCGGCUUUCCAGAGAAGCCAGAAGCCAAAGGCCAGGCUAGGAGAGGAGAAAGGAGAGCUACCUUCUGGAAGACGGCCUUGUCAGCGUUGCUUGUUCCUUGCAAAAGGAAGU